AUGAUCGCGUCCAUCUCGUUGGUGUUAUUGGGUGGCGUUUUUGCCGGGCUAACAUUGGGUCUGAUGGGCCAGGACGAGCUGUACCUCAAAGUGAUGGCCGAUAGUGGCACCCCUAACGAGCGCAAAUGGUCUCGAGAGGUGCUGAGUCUGAUCGGCAGAGGUAAACACUGGGUUCUGGUCACUUUACUAUUGUCCAACGUGAUAACUAACGAAACGUUACCUGUUAUGUUGGACAGAUUUUUAGGUGGAGGAUUUGCGGCUGUUUUAUCUUCCACCGCUGCGAUUGUCAUUUUCGGAGAAAUCAUCCCCCAGUCGGUUUGUGUUCGUUACGGACUACAACUGGGCGCGUAUUUCUCCCCCUUCGUGCUUGCAUUGAUGUACUUGAUGUACCCUGUUGCAUACCCGAUUGCGCUUUUGCUGGAUUACAUUUUGGGUCAAGAUCACGGUACCGCAUACCGUAAAAGCGGGCUCAAGACCCUUGUCACUCUCCACAAAACCAUGGGAGUCGAGAGACUCAACCAGGACGAGGUCACCAUCAUCAGUGCCGUUCUCGACUUGAAGGAGAAAAAGGUCUGCACGAUCAUGACUCCUAUCGAUAAGGUGUACACGCUUCCGUCCGAUCGGAUUUUGGACGAGGAGGUUGUCGAGGAGAUCUUCAACGCCGGAUUCUCCAGAAUCCCGAUCCAUCUUCCGGGCGAGCCAACAAACUUCGUUGGAAUGCUGCUGGUUCGUAUUCUGAUCAGCUACGACCCAGAAGACGGGCUGCCUGUUUCCUCGUUCCCGCUUGCAACUCUGCCAGAGACUUCGUUGGAAACCUCGUGUCUGAACAUUCUGAACUACUUCCAAGAGGGAAAGUCUCACAUGGUGAUUGUCAGUAAUACUCCAGGUAUGGACACUGGAGCCGUUGGAGUGCUCACGUUGGAGGACGUUAUUGAGGAGCUCAUUGGCGAGGAGAUUAUUGACGAGAGUGACGUCUACGUUGACGUGGACAAGAACAUUAUGCGGAGCAAUCCUGGCCCGCUGGCCAAGAAGAACGUGUCCACGUAUCUUCACAGUCUGUACUCGUCGCGGUCGACCUCCCAAACGGGCGGACAGACGGCCUCGCCGACCCCGGCGUACUACCACAAGAGAGACAGUCUCGACAACAGGAACACGCCCGAGCCACAGCAUAACGCGCCAAUCAACUCCACUAUUGCCAACGGCAUGAAACCGUCAAACCUUGCCGUGAACCCGCUGCAGACCAGCAACGUGCAUGUGACCAUCAAGAAGCAGCCCCAGCUCGGGACGAACAUCAAGACCGAGAACGGCACACCCAACUACGGUGCGGCGGGGUCUGAGGGUGACGCUGCAGAGAAACAGUCCAAGACACCGACGCGCAAGCUGUCUGUGACUCAGACAAAGACUACGACGGUGCAGAAGCGGUUCACGCUGCCUAACGAGAGACAACAGCGGUCUUCGGUGGAUCUUUCUGAGGUGAACGACCAGACCACGCCAGUGAAGUCGGGCGCCAUGGACAUUUCAAGGGAGCCCGAGAGUGAGCCUUUGAGCGAGGGGAUGUCCCUGAAGAGCAGCUCGGGCAUUGUGGAGAACGUGAUUAGCGUUCGCGGAGUGAGUAAGACUGUGAUUGGCGAGACCGUGGUCAGCGACACGAUGCACAUCGACGAGGACCAUCUGGAUGAGGGCGAACCUUUCCUAAGUAAGAGCAAUGGCCUCAAACCGCGCAGAGACUCCAAGCGGUUUUGGGACUGGGGUUGA